GCGAUUCACGUGACUGUUACAUGAUUUUGAAACCGGAACUUACCUAGAGAGGGUUUUGUUCUGCUAGAUAGCAAGCACAGCCACAAAGUCAAAAUGGCAAUAUCGUAAAAAUUCAUGAAAACAAAAAUGUGAUUUUUGGUCUUAAGGUUAGGAAUAAGGUUAGCAGUGUGGUUAAGGUUAAAAAUCACAUUUUAAGAAAUUGUAGAAAUAGGCGGGGUUUAUGACUCUGUGACUGUAGUAACUAGUGACGACCCUAUGUUUUGGACAAAUCGGUGCUGAAAUUGUUAUGCAGCACAAACACUGACAACUACGAGACGUAACAAUGAGUGAGGAACACUACCUCGAACUUUGUGAAAACCCUGUGCAAUUUGAAAAUGCCUCAAGCGUCAACAAUGUGUUUUUCGACGAAGCAAAUAAACAGGUACAGUAGCCUAGGCUAACUAGUAGCUUUGGGGACACAACAUCGCCGGGAGUCUGUAUGACUAGUCCAACCAAUACACAGACGCCCAAUGUUGUGUCCCAAAGCUUUCACAGGAAUGUCCCUGUAUUGAGGUGUAAUAUUGUUAUUAUUGUUGCAAUAAAAGUGAGUGUAAAAAAAAAUUUUUUAAAAGUGUGUCCCAAAGCUAGCUAGCAGGAUUAUGCUGGCGACACCACACUGACAUACAGAUAUAGCUAGCUAGCUACAUGCUUUUAGUUAGCUCGUUUAUAGCUAGUUAAAUACAAAAUCCGUGAACUUGAUUUUUACUUUGAUUACAUUUCCUUUCAUUCAGCAAGAACAGAUGGCUAACUAGGUGAGGGUGGCUGUCAACUUUGCGAAGGUGUAGCCAUACAGUAUGGCUAAUUAAUAUAGUAGGUACCAAGGAGGUAGACGAAUUGGUAAACUCAUAGUCAACAUUAAGAAAUGUUUCUCCACAGUAAACACUGGCAAUACAUUCACCAGACUAGACGAGGAGUAACCCUCAUUCUAUUGCUUCAGUAACCCUCAUUCUUCUAUUGGUACCCUAUCUAAAUGUAAUAUUUACCUCCCAAGUCCUUUUAUAUAUUGAGCUUUCUCUAUUUACCCGGUUUGCCCCUUAAGGUGUUUGCAGUGCGAUCAGGGGGUGCCACUGGGGUUGUGGUUAAAGGACCAGAUGACAAAAGCUCAGUUGCCUUCAGGUAACAAGAUCACACAUAACUUGCGAUGAUGAUGAUGAAGAUCGUAAGAUCAGUGAGAUGAUCUCAUGAAAAUAUUUAUUUUCAUUACAGAAUGGACGACAAAGGAGAGGUGAAGUGCAUUAAGUUUUCGAUCGGAAAUAAGAUUUUGGCUGUCCAGAGAACACCAAAAUCUGUGGUAAGCAUUACAGAAAUCAUUCUCAACUCAAUUAAGGUAGCCUACCUCUAAGUUAUUCCAACAUUGUGUUUCCGUGCUGAUGGCCUGACCGAAAGCCUCUGUUUUAUUUUAGGAUUUCAUAAGCUUCAUACCGGAUUAUCCGCAUUUGGAAUGCUCCCAGGAAUGUAAGGUAUGCAAGCAUAUCCAGUGUCAAACGUUUCAAGUUACAAAUAGCUGUAAUUUCUAAAUAGGUGUAACAAAGCAUGAGUCAAUCUUCUAUAGUUGUGGUUUUGAUAUUCAGAUGUUUUGAUUGGCAGACGAGGAAUGCCAGCAUUUUGGGCUUCUGUUGGACCAACUGGAAUGAAAUCGUUUUCAUCACUGACCAGGGAAUUGAGUUCUACCAGGUAACUACACUGAGUGUACAAAACAUUAGGAACACCUUUCUAAUAUUGAGUUGCCCCGCCCGCCCUCAGAACAGCCUCAAUUCGUCAGGGCAUGGACUCUACAAGGUGUCGAAAGUGUUCCACAGGGAUGCUGGCCAAUGUUGACUCCAAUGCUUCCCACAGUUUUGUCAAGUUGGCUGGAUGUCCUUUGGGUGGUGGACCAUUCUUGAUACACACGGGAAACUGUUGAGUGUGAAAAACCCAGCAGCGUUGCAUUUCUUGACACUCAAACUGGUGCGCCUGGCACCUACUACCAUACCCUGUUCAAUGGCACUUUUGUCUUGCCCAUUCACCCUCUUAAUGCCAAACAUACACAAUCCAUGUCUCAAGGCUUAAAAAUCCUUCUUUAACCUGUCUCCUCCCCUUCAUCUAAACUGAUUUGAAUUGGAUUUUAUCAAGUGACAUAAAUAAGGGAUCAUAGCUUUCACCUACAUUCACCUGGUCAGUCUAUGUCAUGGAAAGAGCAGGUGUUCCUAAUGUUUUGUACACUCAGUGUAUAUUUUGCGACUCCUAUUUCUUGUGAUACGGGAGUAAUAAGCCAAUUGUUUUGUGGUUUAGGAAUGCACUGUGUCCUAGAUUAUUGUAACACAAUUGGUUGAAUUGAACUUGUAUUGUUAUUUUCUAAAACACUGUGUAGCUUAGUUGGUAGAGCAUGGUGUUUGCAACGCCAGGGUUGUGGGUUCGAUUCCCACGGGGGGCCAGUAUGAAAAUGUAUGCACUCAUUAACUGUAAGUCGCUCUGGAUAAGAGCGUCUGCUAAAUGACUAAAAUGUAAAUGAAGCUUAUGUGACUAUGUCAACUCAAAUCAAACUACAACCACUAGAGGUCUCAAUUUAGCUAUGAAGUUGGCAGAUGUUGCCUUACUGAUGUCUUACUGUACUGUGUAAGGUCAAAUUGUACCUGGAAAAGGCAUGUAUAUAGGGAUGUCUAUUAGUCUCCAAACACGUUCUAGAAAAAUGUCUUCUUGUGCCAGUUUUUCCGACGUUAGACAGACGAUGAAGUGGAUGUCAAUGAGAUGCCCGCUGUGUUUAGGUGCUUCCUGACAAGCGCAGCCUGAAGCUGCUGAAGAGCCAGAGCAUCAAUGUGAACUGGUACAUGUACUGUCCUGAGACUGCAGUCAUCCUGCUCUCUACCACCGCCCAGGGCAACGUGCUGCAGCCGUUUGCCUUCAAGGUAAGUGGUCACAAGAUAAUGAGAUGAUAAAUGUUUCAAACAUGUCCACAACCAGCUACAGUAAGACAUUAUAUAUUCCACCAAAACUCAUGUUCAUGUUUGAGAAAGCAUCCGCAAGUUGCUGAAAAUCUAUUCAUCAAACAGUACAUUUGAUUGGUUAGUGUUUCAUUUCAUUUGAUUGAUUGAUUUGAUUAAAGUGGUUAUCCAAGCUGUCGUUAUCUCGUUUUUGAUGGUGUUAACUUACCCGUUGUUGUUUGUACCUCCAGAGUGGGACCAUGUCUAAAAUGCCCAAGUUUGAGAUCGAGCUUCCAGUGGUUCCCAAGCCAGCCAAGCUCAAUCUGUCAGAGAGGGACAUUGCUGUGGCCACCAUGUAAGUUUGAAUUGAAAUGUCAUAUUUUGGCUCGAUAUUCAAGUAACAUUUUCAAACAACUUUUGGCAGUAUAAAAAGCUAAAUGAGUUGUUCACUUUGUUUCUACUGGUAGUUAUGGUCAGCUGUAUGUAAUGUAUCUGAAGCAUCACUCCAGAACUACUGACAGUCCCUGUGCUGAGGUGGUCCUCUAUCAGCUACACAGGUAAAUCUUACAUUUCAUAUAGCAUAUUCCUAAUGGACAUUGCUCUAAACAUGCUGAAAUUCAUACUACUAACUUAACAAGGUCAUGCAGCAAUCGUAUCACCCUAAUAUGCAGAGUUGCUAGAGUAAGGAGCUACUCAUAGACAUUUACUGAUUCAACCUUGAAAUUAAAUAUGCAUGGUGUUAUUUAUGAGUAGGGAAUAUCUGAAGGGAUAAAGUGGUAUAUUAUGUCAGUCACUGUCCUGACCAAUGAUUUAUAUAUACACUAUAUGACUGAUAGGGGGCGCUGUGUUGAAGCCACCGUGACGCCAUAUUUUGGAAGCUAUAAAAAAGCAUUUAUUAAUCUCUAGAUUUGUUCUUGACACAUUUAUUAUAUUACAGACACCUUAAUGCAUACUUUUAUAUUAUGUGAGCUAAACAUAUUUUAUAUAUAUAUAUAUAUAUAUAUAUAUAUAUAUAUAUAUAUAUUAUUUUUCCUUAAAGUAACAUUUUUAAAGAUUACUAAAGGUACUGUCCCCAAUACAACAGAAAAUAUUUUUUUUGUCCUUGAAACAUUUAAUUGAAAUACUGUAGAAUUCCAUUCAUUCCUAUGUAGGACUGCUCCUAAUUGGGAGUUACAAUAUGGCCGACCGGUGGCUUCAAAGCCUCUCAAUGGCCAAUACAUUACAUCAGCAAUCCAGGGUUUAUAUAGGUCAUUGGUCCUGACUAACAGCAUGUUGUUCCCAGGGAGGGAUCCUGUAAGAAAACCAACGUGUUAAAACUCAACACCACAGGGAAGUUUGCCCUCAACGUGGUGGAUAACCUGGUUGUUGUGCAUCAUCAGAGCUCUCAGGUGAGUUCCUUUUGGCAAGAAAUCGAGAGCUUAGGACUAUAAGAUUCUAUCUGCUCAAAGAUGAUUCUGAGAUAAUUGGCUUUAAAGUUCUGAACCCUCAUUGGUUUGAAUUGUGUCAGCAAUUUUAAUAUUGUAUUCAUUUGAAUUCAACAAUUCGAAUUGGGGUAUUUAGAGUACUAUGUGCAUUUGGAAAGUGUUUUACUUUUUCCAGAUUUUGUUACAUUACAGCCUUAUUCUAAAAUGUAUUAAAUCAAUCUACACACAAUACCCCAUAAUGACAAAGCAAAAACAGGUUUUUAGAAAUUUUGCACAUUAAAAAAAAAAAAAAAAAAAAAAGGAAAUAUACAUUUACAUAAGUAAUCAGACCCUUUACCCAGUACUUUGUUGAAGCACCUUUGGCAGCGAUUGCAGCUUCGAGUCUUCUUGGGUAUGACGCUACAAGCUUGGCACACCUGUAUUUUGGGAGUUUCUCCCAUUCCUCUCUUCAGAUCCUCUCAUGCUCUGUCAGGUUGGAUGGGGAGCGUUGCUGCACAGCUAAUUUCAGGUCUCUCCAGAGAUGUUCGAUCGGGUUCAAGUCCAGGCUCUGGCUGGGCCACUCAAGGACAUUCAGAGACUUGUCCCGAAGCCACUCCUGCGUUGUCUUGGCUGUGAGCUUAGGGUCGCUGUCUUGUUGGAAGGUGAACCUUCGACCCAGUCUGAGGUACUGAGCGCUCUGGAGCAGGUUUUCAUCAAGGAUCUCUCUGUACUUUGCUCCAUUCAUCUUUCCCUCGAUCCUGACUAGUCUCCCAGUCCCUGCCGCUGAAAAACAUCCCCACAGCAUGAUGCUGCCACCACCAUGCUUCAUCGUAGGGACGGUGCAAGGUUUCCUCCAGAUGUGACGCUUGGCAUUCAGGCCAAAGAGUUCAAUGUUGGUUUCAUCAGACCAGAGAAUCUUUUUUCUCAUGGUCUGAGAGUCUUUAGGGGCCUUUUGGCAAACUCCAAGUGGGCUGUCAUGUGCCUUUUACUGAGGAGUGGCUUCCGUCUGGCCACUCUACCAUAAAGGCCUGUUUGGUGGAGUGCUGUAGAGAUGGUUGUCCUUCUGGAAGGUUCUCCCAUCUCCACAGAGGAACUCUAGAGCUCUGUCAGAGUGACCAUUGGGUUCUUGGUCACCUCCCUGACCAAGGUGCUUCUCCCCUGAUUGCUCAGUUUGGCCGGGCGGCCAGCUCUAGGAAGAGUCGUGGUGGUUCCAAACUUCUUCCAUUUAAGAAUGAUGGAGGCCACUGUGUUCUUGGGGACCUUUCAAUGCUGCAGAAAUUUUUUCGUACCCCCCAGAUCUGUGCCUCGACACAAUCCUGUCUUGGAGGUCUACGGCGGUUCCUUCGACCUCAUGGCUUUGUUUUUGCUCAGACAUGCACUGUCAACUGUGGGACCUUAUAUAGACAGGUGUGUGCCAUUCCAAAUCAUAUCCAAUCAAUUGAAUUUACCACAGAUGGACUCCAAUCAAGUUGUAGAAACAUCUCAAGGAUGAUAAAUCGAAACAGGAUGCACCUGAGCUCAAUUUUGAGUCUCAUAGCAAAGGGUCUGAAUACUUAUGUAAAUAAGGUAUUUCUGUUUUUUAGUUCUAAUAAAUGUGCAAAGAUUUCUAAACCUGUUUUUGCUUUGUCAUUAUGGGGUAUUGUGUGUAGAUUUAUGAGGAAAAAAGUAAUUUAAUCAAUUUUAGAAUAAGGCUGUAACGUAACAAAAUGUGGAAUAAGUCAAGGAGUCUGAAUACUUUCCGAAUGCACUGUAGGUAGAGAACAUUGAACAGAACAAGACUAUGUUAAUAACUCAAUUUUGACAAAUUCAGAAAGAACCUUAUAGUCCCAAGCUUGUGAAAUAACGGCGGUAGCCACGAGGUUAGACAGACAAACUACUACUGUCAUGUUGUUCCAUAUCCAAAAUCCAAACACGUUCAGUCCUGAAUGAUGUAGAUAAUGUCUUCUGUUUCAGACCUCCCUUAUAUUUGACAUCAAGCUGCGGGAGCCUGACUGUGCCCUUAACGUCCACCAGCCUGUGUUGCCUGCUCGCUCCAUUCACCCUUACAGGAUCCCCCUCACAGGUAUAGGCUACAUGGAUUUACUCUACUGUAUGUGGCCAUGCCGGUCCAUUUUUGGUCACUGUCUGACUGGCUGACUUGUCUGUAUGCCUGCCUGUUUUGUCUGUCUGAGUUUAUAUUUCUCUUUGCCUGUCUGUCCCUCCAGCUGUGACUGUGUCCCUCUGUCACUUUCUGUUGUCACACACAGGUGACACAUCAGUCUGUUGUUCUUUUUCUACCCCAUGUGUCAUUCUGUCUCUGAGACAGAACUUUCAGAACUUCUCUCACUUCUCUCCCAUCUGCCACUUUUGAAAACAGGUUUUUUUCCUCUCCUUGCACUCCCUUAUGUCCCAUGUCUUUUAAACUAACUUCACAUCUCCCUGUCUCCAUAGGUCCUGCUGCUGUACCCUCCCAGCCUCCGGUGCCUUGUGAGCUCUGUAUCCUUUAUGAAACGCCAGUAGCUGGAUGAGCUGCGGUGACACUUGUGUCAAUGGAUUGGUAUCAAUGAUAAUUGGGACAGCUAGCAUGGAGAUGGUAGGUGGUAUUACUGAUAAACACGGAUGCUUCCCUUGACCUUCAGACUCCUCAUCUUGGAGCGUCUUUCAACCCGACAUCAUCAUCAGUGCAAGCGAAGGUGAGUGAGAAGAACACCCACACAUCUAACCAUAAACUACUAUGUCCUGGCAAACUUUCUGUGUUAAUUUGGACCAGAAACGACCACUAGUCCUUAACCCCUAUUCACUGUAGAUCUGAUAGGAACAGAUAGGUGUACAGGAACCAAUGUGGUAGGAGAGCCACUUCGUUCUCUGGUAGACUAUGUCGAAUGGUUGCCAUAUUGCUUGCGCCUAUUCAAACUUCUCAGAUCUACAGUUUGUUGUUCCGGGUGGGGCUCAGGUUCUCUCAUGCUUGUCUGACCUGUUCUGUGUGUUCCCCCUCUGCUUCAGGGUAUCUGUGGUAUCUGCAGGUGAAGCUACCGCCGACCGUCAACCUCCUGCAGGACAAGGGCAAGCUACUGGACUUCCUCCUGCGCAGACGAGACUGCAAGAUGGUCAUCUUGUCCGUGUGCGCACAAAGUAAGACUGCCUCGUGAAACAGAUAGGGGAGACUGUUCAUUUCUGAAGCAAGUACACUAAUAAAACAAGAAGUCGAGGUUGUACAUGAUUAGAGAACCCUAAACCAUAGUGCCCAUAGAUAGUGUUCACGCAAGACCUCUCUGUGUGUUUCAGUGCUCAACGGGGAAGAUAAGGGGAGCUUACCAGUGGUCGCCACAGUGUUCGACAAACUCAACCAAGUCUACAAAGAGUACCUGGAGGUAGAGCAGACCUACACUGUGGUGAGUACUGUCUAUGAAAACACUGCAUAACCUGGAUAAUGAAAAGCCACACUGUUUCUAGCACAGCUAUCUUGACUGCUAGCAAAACAUGAUACAGAUAAUACAGUUUGUAUGCAUGUGGCUAAAUGGAUGUACACUACCGUUCAAAAGUUUGAGGUCACUUAAACAUUUAUUUGUUUUCGAAAGAAAAGCAAUUUUUUUGUCCAUUUUUAAAUAACAUCAAAUUGAUCAGAAAUAUAGUGUAGACAUUGUUGAUGUUGUAAAUGGCUAUUGUAGCUGGAAACGGCUGAUUUAAAAAAAAAUGGAAUAUCUACAAAGGCCUACAGAGGCCCAUUAUCAGCAACCAUCAGUCCUGUGUUCCAAUGGCAUGUUGUGUUUGAUAAUCCAAAUCUAUCAUUGUAAAAAGCUAAUUGAUCAUUAGAAAACCCUUUUACAAUUAUGUUAGCACAGCUGAAAACUGUUGUGCUGAUUAAAGAAGCAAUAAAACUGGCCUUCUUGAGACUAGUUGAGUAUCUGGAGCAUCAGCAAUUGUGGGUUCGAUUACAGAAUCAAAUUGGCCAUUAACAAAUAACUUUCUUCUGAAACUCGUCAGUCUAUUCUUGUUCUGAGAAAUGAAGGCUAUUCCAUGCGAGAAAUUGCCAAGAAACUGAAGAUCUCGUACAAUGCUGUGUACUACUCCCUUCACAGAACAGCGCAAACUGGCUCUAACCAGAAUAGAAAGAGGAGUGGGAGGCCCCGGUGCACAACUGAGCAAGAGGACAAAUACAUUAGAGAGUCUAGUUUGAGAAACAUACGCCUCACAGGCCCUCAACUGGCAGCUUCAUUAAAUAGUACCCGCAAAACACCAGUCUCAACGUCAACAGUGAAGAGGCAACUCCGGGAUGCUGACCUUCUAGGCAGAGUUGCAAAGAAAAAGCCAUAUCUCAGACUGGUCAAUAAAAAUAAAAGAUGGGCAAAAGAACACAGACACUGGACAGAGGAAGAUUGGAAAAAAGUGUUAUGGACAGACGAAUCGAAGUUUGAGGUGUUCGGAUCACAAAGAAGAACAUUUGUGAGACGCAGACCAAAUGAAAAGAUGCUGGAUGAGUGCUUGAUGCCAUCUGUCAAGCAUGGUGGAGGCAAUGUGAUGGUCUGGGGGUGCUUUGGUGGUGGUAAAGUGGGAGAUUUGUACAGAGUAAAAGGGAUCUUGAAGAAGGAAGGCUAUCACUCCAUUUUGCAAUGCCAUGCCAUACCCUUUGGACGGCGCUUGAUUGGAGCCAAUUUCCUCCUACAACAGGACAAUGAUCCAAAGCACAGCUCCAAACUAUGCAAGAACUAUUUAGGGAAGAAGCAGUCAGCUGGUAUUCUGUCUAUAAUGGAGUGGCCAACACAGUCCCGUGUAGCUCAGUUGGUAGAGCAGAGUUGUGGGUUCGUUUCCCACGGGGGACCAGUAUGAAAAAAAAUGUAUGCACUCACUAACUGUAAGUCGCUCUGGAUAAGAGCGUCUGCUAAAUGACGUAAAUGUAAAAUCUCAACCCUAUUGAGCUGUUGUGGGAGCAGCUUGACCGUAUUGUACGUAAGAAGUGUCCAUCAAGAAAAUCCAACUUGUGGGAGGUGCUUCAGGAAGCAUGGGGUGAAAUCUCUUCAGAUUACCUCAACAAAUUGACAACUAGAAUGCCAAAGGUCUGCAAGGCUGUAAUUGCUGCAAAUGGAGGAUUCUUUGACAAAAGUAAAGUUUGAAGGACACAAUUAUUAUUUCUAUUAAAAAUCAUUAUUUCUAACCUUGUCAAUGACUACAUUUCCUAUGCAUUUUGCUAUAUUUCCUAUUCAAACUAAUUUCAUGUUUUCAUGGAAAACAAGGAAAUUUCUAAGUGACCCCAAACCUUUGAACGGUAGUGUACUUCAAUGAUGUUACUUUUAAUAAAUGCACAGCAAAGCUCAUUGUAAUUUAAGUAAUUUCAAGAUCAAGGGACACCAGUGGAAAGAUAUUUAGUGUUAUCUUACUAUUAGAUCCGUCUUAACAAUUUUGAACAACAAAAAGGAUGUAGAUUAACAGAUUUGAGUUUUCAUCCGUAUUACGGUGGUUCAGGACAGUAGCCCACACACUACCUGUUGUUUCCUGUUGAUCUCAUCCAGGCUAUGGAGUCUGGUCCCAGCCGAGGCAGCACUGCUCGGGAGAGGCCCGUCCGGACGCAGGCGGUUAUCGACCAGUCAGACAUGUACACCCAUGUCCUGUCCUCCUUCUCUGAGAAAAAGGUGACAGCGGCAAAACACUUAUUUCAAUGGCUGCCUUAUAAUAAAUAAAUACAAAUUUGCAAUUGCCUGUAAGAUGACUGGACAUUAUAUUGUUUCACUCCUCCAACAGGACACGUCUCACAAAUUUAUCAUUGCUGUGCUGAUGGAGUACAUUCGCUCACUCAACCAGGUCCAGAUCACUGUGCAGGUACUCCUUUGCAGAAAAGCAGAUAUAUAUUUUCGGGAGGCUCUAUCAGAACCUGUUUUGUUGUUUUAUGUAUUAUGGUGAGAUGCCACUGUUUCAUGUUGUAACAAGUUGUCAGUGCUACAUUAGUAUGAUUUAUGUUCCUGUAGAUCCUACAUAUUUAUUGGUCCAUAUUGCCCUGGAGAUAGUCAGAAAUAUUAAGUUGCACUCUCUGUCCCCCCCCCCCAGCAUUACCUGUAUGAGCUGGUCAUUAAGAUGUUGGUUCAGCACAACCUCUUCUACAUGCUCCAUCAGUUCCUCCAGUACCACGUCCUCAGCGACUCCAAGCCGCUGGUGAGUCACUAAUUAUUACAAACAGCUCAACUAUUUCAUGGUAGUUUGGUCCUAUAGUCAUCAAUAGCUUUUGGUUAUUCAGCGGCGUAUAAGACAACGUUUAGGACGAAGGGCUAGCAAGCUGUUUGCUAAAGACUCAAUGCUUCAGAAUAGACCUGGGUCAAAUACAUGUCAAAAAGCUUGAGCUGCACUUCAUAUGGUUUUCCAGGUGCAAUGGAAACAAUAGUAAAACCCUUUGAAGUAUGUAUUUGACCCAGGUCUUUCACAAUUAAUUCCUACAUGGUAUUUAAUCCAGUAUAAUGCGUGGGAAACUCUUCCCUCAUCUACCCCUCCUGUGAUCCCUCCUAUAAAAGGCAUAAUGUUGCUCUAAUAGUGGUUAAUUAUUUAGUCUCUCUCUCUCUCGUUUCAUUGGUUGAGCUGACCUUGGAUCAGUUCUACUGUAAGAACUUUAUUUUGAUUGGUCAUGGAAUUAACAUCUGUAUCAUCAUUCUCUCUAAGGCCUGUUUGCUGCUGUCUCUAGAAAGUACAUACCCCCCUGCACACCAGCUCUCCCUGGAUAUGUUGAAGGUAGGAUCCCUUAUAUAUGCAUGCACUCAAACACACACACUCAAACACACCAUCACAUUCAAACACGCACGCACGCACCACGCACUCAAACACACACACACGCAAACACACACACAGACUCGCACGCACACGCACUCACUCACGCACACGCACUCAAACACACACACGCACUCAAACACACACAUGCCCUCAAAAACCAAACACACACAUACACACACGGUUUAAACAGCUAUCGAAUAUCAAACAGGACAUCCAAAGUCCUUUGGAGAGUUGAUUGUUUUUUCAGAGAAUCCCAUUUUAAAGUUCCAUUAGUUGUAUUGGUACAGCUAAUUAUAGGAAAUAAGGAACCUUCAAGUGAACAAACUCCAUUUAUGGCUGAAUUCUAACAAUAAAUCUAGUUAAGUUUCUUUGAGUCAGCACAGUGAUGGUUUCCCAUGUGACAUUCUGAUCUACAGUAUGUGUGUGUAACAUGCUGAUCUAUAACAUCAUACAUCUAUGUGUAACAUGCUGAUCUAUAACGUACUAGAUCUGUGUGUGUGUGUGACAGAGACUGUCCACAGCUAAUGAUGAGAUCGUGGAGGUGCUCCUGUCCAGGCAGCAGGUGCUGGGUGCACUGCGCUUCAUCCGCAGUGUGGGCGGCCACGACAACAUCUCCGCCCGCAAGUUCCUGGACGCGGCACGCCAGACGGCCGACCAGAUGCUCUUCUACACCAUCUUCCGGUUCUUCGAGCAGAGGAACCUGCGUCUGAGAGGCAGCCCCAGCUUCAACCCAGGUGAUGUGACACCACUACACUAGGGCUACAGCUCAAACCACACCCUAUACUCUAUGUAGUGCACUACUUUUCACCAUGGCCCACAUAGGAGAAAAGUUCAUCUAGAACCACAUUGUCUUAAGCCAGAUGGCUUGACUUAUACAAACCGAUAGGUUGGAUAAAUAGUGUAGGAGUGACACCAGACUAUGUAUUUCUAUGGCUCUGGUCUGACUAAAUCCUUUGUAAUGACCGUAUAAAUAAUUCACACAUGGACUCUAUUCUGUGGUAGAAAUGUUGGUAAUGCCAUUGUUUUCAACAAUGAAUGAGUGCCCUCCCUCUGUGUGAUUUUAUAUUAGAUAGCCUUGACCCAAAUAAUAACUCCGCUAAACCAGGAACAACAGGCAUAUGCUGAAAGGUGCUGAAGCUGUUGCUUUUUUAUUCAUAUGGAUGCAUCUAUGAUUUUUCCCAAACAUACAAUUCUUACCACAAUUGAAUGGCUUCUUUGAAACUUUGAACAUGUGGGAGAGUAUCAGUGAUUGUGAACCUUUAUCCUAUAGGUUUCAGGUUUUAUAGACACCCACAUUAUCAACGUAAACUGCAAUCCAAGGGGAUGACAAAGAGCAUAGCAUAUACCUGUCUAAAUACUGUAUACAAUUUUAAGAAAUGUGGUCCUCUGUAGCUCAGCUGGUAGAGCACGGCGCUUGUAACGCUAAGGUAGUGGGUUCGAUCCCCGGGACCACCCAUACACAAAAAAAAAAAAAAAAAAAUGUAUGCACGCAUGACUGUAGGUCGCUUUGGAUAAAAGUGUCUGCUAAAUGGCAUAUUAUUUAUUAUUAUUAUUAAUUAAUAAGGACACAAUCGGUACUAAUGCUAAAAACACAAUCAACGUGUUUGCAGUGGGGUAAUAAAUAAACCUGGGAAUAAAUAACGAAUUAAUAAAUGAAUAGCUAAUAAAUGAAUGACUCUCCGCCCAGCUGCCACUGGCAUGUAUUGACUGACCUUUGACCUAAUACUAUAUUUUGAUUGGCCUAUAGGUGAGCACUGUGAGGAGCAUGUGGUAUACUUCAAGCAAGUUUUCGGGGAGCAGGCACUCAUGAAGCAAGUAACAGUUUGAGUCUAGACAUAUUUUAUGUUAUCCCACAGUCCAUUAACUUUUUGUAAAUAAUUGUUCAAAUCAUGCUAAUAAAAUCAUUUGUACAUAUUCUAACAAUCAA